UUGUGCAAAAGGGGUGCAUUUUACCUUGCAAGCGUGGUAUUUUCUGGGCUAUUUGGCCUGUUCUCCAUACCCUAUUUUUCCGCUAUUUUUGAAAAUCCACUGAUUUAUUUCAACCGCCGCCGCCGCCGAUUCCAAAAAAAAGCUCCGCGCAUGCUACUGACAAGAAACGGAAAACGAGAAACUUGCAAACAAAAAGGGAGAAAAAGUGCGGCUCACAAAAGGAAAACGAGACAACAACAAGAAAACAGUAUCGGACGGCGGGCGGCGCAAACUAUUGUGUACCUACGGAGCGGCGUAAUAAUAUUAUAGAAGAACGCAGUAAACAAACGAAACUUCUGCAACGGGCAGGGGAAAAAUUGCAUUUGAUUGAUUUUUGCACAAACGCAAAAGAAGAAAGAGAUUUUUAUUUGUUUGUACAUGACUGUGCACAUGUGUGUGUAUGUGUGAGAGUUGAACAUUGAUAGGACGCUGGAUCGAAGAAGAAAAUCGCAUUACGCUUGUGGGAAUAGGGAAUCCUGUGAUUGAGAAUACAAAUUGUGCAGAAAACAAUCCAAAAUCAGAGCCAAAUAUCGUGUAAAUAGGAUAAAUAAUAAGCAUUCACUCAACGCCAAGCCACCCACAAACCAUAAUCAUUGCACACACCACAAAGACAAAUGUUGGAAAAAGACUGAAAAACGACACACACACACACACUCUCGCACAAUAUUUCUGGAAUAUUUAGCUGGAAAUUCAAGCCACCGCUGAACAAGAACCAAAACCACGCACUUAAACAGAAACAGAGACCAAAAAUAGCAAAAAUCAUUGCUAAAAUGUCAUCGCGUUCUAAGGAGAGAGUUGUCACUGCAUUUCGUAAAAUCUUCCAUAAAUCGAACAACAACAACAACAACAAUAAUAAUAAUAACAAUAUGAACAACAAUGAUAAAGUUGAUGGAGCCACCGGCAACAAUAUUAACAACAAUAAUGAGGAAGCCACCUCCGCAGCUGCGGGAGGAUCUGGAUCAGGACCAGCUGGAGGCGGAGGAGCCGCAGCUGGAACGACAAACUCAAAAAAUCCUGUAGUUCGCAUGGCAGGCGAGCAGGCUCUGUGCGAUUCACCAGGCAAGCGUCGACGACAGGAUCAUAAAGUGACGCCGACGGCAGGGCGUCAGUUGGUGCCAGCCGAUCAGAGUAUUCGAUCGCGUCGCCUCAUGAAAGAGUACCGUGAGAUGGAACGACUGCAGCUCAAGUCCGACGCUGUUUUUACGGUGGAACUGGUCAAUGAUAGCCUAUUUGAGUGGCAUGUGCGACUCCAUGUAAUUGAUCCGGACUCGCCGCUGGCCCGUGACAUGAUGGAGCUGAAUGUUCCAAACAUCCUGCUGCACUUGAGCUUUCCCAACAACUUCCCCUUCGCGCCGCCCUUUAUGCGUGUGGUUGAGCCGCGCAUCGAGAAGGGCUAUGUGAUGGAGGGAGGUGCCAUAUGCAUGGAACUGCUGACGCCCCGUGGCUGGGCCAGUGCCUACACCGUGGAGGCCGUCAUCAUGCAGUUCUCUGCCAGCGUGGUCAAGGGUCAGGGUCGUAUCAUGCGUAAACCAAAAUGUACAAAGGAGUUUAGUCGCCGUCAGGCAGAGGAGUCGUUCCGUUCGCUGGUGAAGACACACGAGAAGUACGGCUGGGUCACGCCUAGCCUGGCCGAUGGUUAAGUACCACGUCGAACGUCCGCUCAGAUGCCCAUGUGUUUGCCAACUCAACAAAAAUUACAUUCAACACACAAAAAAUCUCAUUGAAAACCAAAUUCCUCAUUUAACAUUCAAAAUCUGUCAAGUAAUUAAACGAUUUCAAUUGUAAGCCAUCCAUGAAGAAAGAUUAACGAGAUCUAGAGAAAAUGAAAAAGAGGGCAUUAAGCAACAAAAAUUAGCUUAAAAUGUAAUUUUAGCUUAUAGUAGAAAUGCAAAACAAAAUGAAAGAACAUUUAUUGCAAAUCUUAAGUAUUAUUAGUUCUGAAAGAAACAUUUAUAAUUUCCAUAACGAUCUUCGGUACGAUCAUAGCGUUAAAUAUUAAUUUACAUUCUGAAUAUAAUGUAUAAUGAUUUACUGAUUCAAUUAGUCUGAAUAAUGGAGA